AAUCGUAAUCAGCUGUAAUAAAUAUGCACAGAGGCUAAUGAGCUCUGGCGGCGUAAUAACUUCAGAGACUACAGUUGCUGAACGGAGAAUCUCGAAGAGUUAUGAAGCGACCCUAUGUUUUUUGGACUCUAUUUUUGUUUUGCUGGGCCGUCGAACUUACACUUGGUAAGAUUUUUGACUGUUACUAAUUAUGUCUCUGUUACAAAACAUUUAAAUCGUGAACACCUUGAGAAGUUAAGGACCUGGAAAAUGCUUAGAGUAUGGUGAAUUUAAAGCAAAGCUAAGAUGAUAAAAAAGUUCAACAAUGCAACCAGCGACUUGGAAGUACUGUUCAAGUUGUCGCAACAAAAAUUGAAGCUAACAUGAAAUUAAGAUAAUGACAAAGUACGAAUGUUACUGAAUAAUUUUUUUAAUGGCAAAGAUACAGAGAGUUUAAUUUUCUGAUUAUAUGGCUCGUUCAGAGGUCGAGAGACAAUAUAAUAGAAAUAAUCGUUCUUAUCGACUUCAGUGUCAAUUUAAAUACCCAUUGCAUGCAAGUCUUUUUUUCAAAUGUUGUAAGAAAAAGAAAACAGCAGUUUAAAUAAAAGAAAAAAAGGGAUUUUUCUAUGAGUUGAAAGAAGAGCUCGGAUUGAAACCAAUUUUAAAAAAACUUCAAAGCUUAUUAAAAAACAGUUCACUAAAAAUUUUCAUUUGAAUGGUCUGUUUAGAGUUACAAUUUGUAGAUUCCUACAAGCACUAUCCACACACUGCAUUACAAACAGUAGCAUAUGACAAACGCGCUGCUCAAAUAAAUUGCUUUGUACGAUUUUAUAACUUGACUUCGCCGAUCGAGUUUAAAGGCGUGCAUUUAAUCGGAUGAGUUUGCAGACCCAUAUCAACUCAAUUUUUCCCCUCUAGUUUAUGUAUUUCCUUUGAAUUCCUUUUCGUAAAAUAGCGAAGCCAGUGACAUAAAAAAUGAAUAAAGUACUACUUUGUAUUCACACUAACUUUCGAAUAUGCGUGUUUGCAAUGAUUUCUAAUGCAUAAAAUAUCUGCACGAUGAAAAACAGUCAACUAUCUUAACGAGCAAUUCUUUAAGAUACAUCUCCCUGAAAUGGACACCGAGCAUCGGUUCCUGAAGUUCGUCAGUCACUUUCUUAGAGUCUCUAAAAGGCGUUAGGCUCUCUAUUCUGUACAAUCUCUCUAAGACCGGCACUUCUUGAGGGUCCCAACAGUGUUCACACAAAAGCCACAUUUGGAAAGAGAGAAUGCAAUUUUAACUAAGGUUAUUAAGAAGCUAUUUCAAUAACAUACCGGAGAGCUCCUGCAUCGGCACAAAAACCACAUCGGAUAGGCUUUUUGUUCUCAUAUAAGAACGAAGCGGUUUCUGCGACGAGGCGAAGCUGCAUCUCGCCGAUCUCCAUCGAUCUUCGUGGCAGUGUAAACUGGUGUUCAUGCCAGACCGGAGUAUUUUUGGAUCAAUCUAGGGUUCUGGGAAACUGCCCACCCACCCCUCCCCUAAGCCAUCAUUUUGCCUUAAGCAAGAAGAGUUAAUGGCACAGUUGUUAAGCAAUAUGUAAGAGUUUGUAAUUUUCGAUUCAUCGAUUUUUGAAUUUUGAUCGGCAAACCUUACCGGUGUUUAACGUCAUGAAGAAUACAAGAGUUUGUUUUUCACUCAUUUUCCAGCUUAUAUGAAGAAUAUGUUUUCACUCCGGUCCUCUUCUUAUGAUCUUCGUGGCAACUCCAUUCUCUCACUUAGUAAACCUAAAACAACUACGUAUGGUCUUAACUCCUUUUCCUACUUUUUAGCUAAGCAAAGAAAUGCACUGCCGGACCUUUUUCGUACAUUUGUCUAGUUUUUUUUUGCAGACUUUAAGAACAAAAUACAGGAUGUUACCUUCAUGUAGAUUCUUUUUGCUUGACGUACUUAAACUUAAAAUUGUGAAUUGUAAAUAUUUUCUUUUCUUUUAUGCCUUUAUUAUUAACAUUAUUAUUAUUAUUAUUAUUAUUAUUACUUAUAAUGCAUUUAAUGUAUAUAUUUAUGUAGUGUCACCUCGAAGAUAUUAGCUUGUUAGCUACUCUAAAAUUCGAGUAUAAAUAGAGUUUAUGUUAUGUUAUGUUGCCAUCUUUUUAAAGAGCUUGAGUGUCUUAGCAUCAAUUGAAUUCCAAAAAUAAUGGUCCCGUUUUGUUAGUUAAGACAAUGUUCAGGCAUUAAAACCGUUUCUCAUCGCUUACUGCUACGGUGGCAAGGCGAAGGUGGAUUGAAACGUGAAAAAAUUGGGCCAAUUUUUCAAGUUUCAAUGUUAUAGCUACAACAAAACACCCCCAAAAUGAUCAACGUUAGGGCUUCCUGAUGAAAUUUUUUCUAUACCAUUUUUAUAACGCUAAAGGAGCAUUUUUGAGUUUUGUUUUUAAUAAAGGCACUUAGCAAUGACUUAAACACAAAAUUCACCGAAAAAAACAACAUCCUCGUGACAGACUCUCUUAACACUCUAAUUUCCCCACAGGUAACCAUCCUAAGCCACCAAAGCCAGCCAACGGAACCCUAAGCUGUAUAGAUAUUAUCUGGGAUGAAAUUUGCCAGGUUGCUUGCGAGAAAGGAUUUGUACCAGAGAAACCCCAUGCAAAGUCCUAUAUUUACAAUAAAUUUACUGGAAAAUGGACUACUGAGCCAGAAGGAGGUGAAUUUCCUUGGGCUCCCUGUGUUAAAAGAAAGAGUGACUAAUGGCCGAUUUACACGGUACGAUUUUUGCUUACUUAUAGUAUCGUCAGGGGUUUCGUUUCGGGCCGGACGCCGGACGCAACGUCCGGUUGUUUAACAUGUAACUCCCGGUAGUUCACACACGAAAUAGUUAUAUUUUCUAAGUGUGAAAAUUAUUUUUUUCCAUUUAUUAACCAAAGAAAGAUUUAACCCUUAUUUUGCUCACUUAAUUAUGUAAUGCAUAUAAUCGAAAAAAACAGAGAUAAUUCCUGUCAUACACAUAAUUAUAAUUGCCAAAUCAAUCAAAUAUUCAUUUUCGUGAGCAUUUUUUAACGCCUUAAAAGACCUUCCCGGUUACCAAUUCCGGUUCGGGGAACGCAGGAAAUUGCAUUUUAGAGAGUCCAAUUUUACAAAUUUCCGGGGGGGGGGGGGCCAUGCCCCCGGACACCCCUAGAAGUUCGUGCCUCAGCAACUCAAAGUUUGCGCCAGCGGUGCACGUCCGCCAGCUGAACCACUGCAUCCGGAACUUCCAAAUUCUACCGAAAACCCUGUACUAUCUCGCGCGACUAGCAUGCGUCAUGACUUCACGACAGAUCGUGUCGUGUAAAUUAGACCCGCGACAUUCCUACAACACAUUGUGGAUGUCGUAAGUGUAAAUUGUUCGCCUGUGGAUGGUCGAAAGUUAUGAUGCAUGCUAGUCCCUCUUGCUGGGUUACCCUCCCUCCCUGUAAACAGGCCUUAAAGGUCGAUUGACACGAUUCGAUUUGCCAGGGCCCAAAUUUGGCACCCGAGGGAGUAAAUGCGGGUCCAGCUAAUCAAGAAAAGAGACUUCAGUUAUUGUUUACGCAUUGCGGACCCACCCCCUAUUGCUUCUUGACGGCACGGUGGCUGCAUCCUUAAAUUCAAAGACCAUACACAAAUAAUCGAAUAGACCUUUUCAAGGAUACGACGGCCAUAUUGAAUUUAUUAGUUUUAAGGAGUAUUAUGGGAUGCCCAGGGGGCACUCGCUCAGUAUUUAAGCGCGCUUUUCGGGCAAAAAGAGAAAUUCGUCGUGUAUUUUUCGGGAAAAAUGCGAUCAUUAUUACAUCCAAACACGGCACAACGAUCUUUUUUUCCCAUUACAUUCUUUUUCUAGGAAAACGUAAAGAAAAAUUGGCCUGAAAAGCGCGCGUAAUUACUGAGCGAGUAUAUCGGAUCGUGCUCAUGCCCCCUGGGCAUCCCAUAAUACUCCUUAAAUCUAAUUAAUUCAAUAUGGCUGUCGUAUCGAUAAAAAGGUCAAUUGCAACACAUGACUCAGUUAUUGACUCUAGAAGUGAGUGGUUUAGGCUUUCAGAUUUGUUUUCGCACUUUCUUUGUAAAGGUUUUCACUACUUAACAAAUCUUGUUUUGUUUACUCUACAGUUAAAAAAAAUGAAGUGAACAAGUAAUGAAAAUUUCAAGCAAAAUCAGCUCAGGCAGGAACUUACAUGGUUCAAGA